GCUCAUUAUUAGUGUGUGUCGCGCGCCCCUCCGCUCCGAGCUUACCAAAGUGAUUCCUUCCCCUCCCACUCCGCUUUGCUUCGCUUUGGGUAGGUUAAAAGGGAGAGGGCUAAAUUUUGAUUGACGGGACGGGCAGCCUAUAGCAAAACGACGUGCGUAAUAGUUUGUUUCCACUUGUAAUCGGUGGCCAAUGAGGAUCGGCAGAGCGUCAUCCUCCCGGCGGGGAGGUGGGAACUUGUUGCCAGGGGCGGGUUUUUUUUACCCGAUGGGGUGGUGGGCUAACUAGAAGGAUGAUUGACGUCAGGCGCCUUCCAAUGGUCAUGCCCAACUGGGCGUGUCGGUCGAAGGGGCGGGCGGUGGCGAGACUGAUUGACGGGGCGCGCGUGCCAAUGAACUUCGCGGCGCGCCUGACACUUGUGAAGACCUGGACACUUGAAUUACCCUGAAAGAUGAAUUGAAUUAUGAAGAUUUCUUCCAGCUGGUAUAAUGAAGUGAUUUCAACUCUCCGUGUUGGUUAAAUAAGGAAUUAUUAUAAACCUGUGAAUCACUCCUGGUUUCUCAAGGAUGGAUAUUUGAAUUCUUGUGCAGAGAACGCAGAGCAGUCAAUUAAUCUUUUGGUGAAUACUUCUUGGAAGGCUCACAAAAACAAUUAGGGCAGAACUCUAUGGGUAACCCUUGGCCACAGGAAAUUAUUGGUCAACCAUGGUAAAACUUGCCAACCCUCUUUAUACGGAGUGGAUUCUUGAAGCUAUACAAAAAGUUAAAAGGCAAAAGCAGCGGCCAUCCGAAGAGAGAAUUUGUCAUGCUGUGUGUGCGUCCCACGGUUUAGAUAAGAAGACAAUUUCUGAACAGCUGGAAUUAAGCGUCCAAGAUGGUUCUGUGCUCAAAGUCACCAACAAAGGCCUUGCGUCCUACAAAGACCCAGAUAAUCCGGGGCGUUUUUCAUCUAUUAAACCUUGCGAACUACCCAAACCCACUAAAGGGUCCAGAGGAUCUUGUAACGAACUUCGGAACGUGGAUUGGAAUAAACUCCUGCGGAGAGGAAUCGAGGGGCUUCAGGAACCAAAUGGCUCUUCCCUCAGAAACAUAGAAAAAUAUCUGAGAAGUCAACAUGACCUCUCGAGUAUUUUCAACAACCCCGUGUUUCAGCGGAGAUUACGACUGGGGGCCAAACGAGCUGUCAAUAAUGGGAGAUUAUUGAAAGAUGGCCCUCAUUAUAGGGUGAACUAUGGUGGUCUGGAAGGCAAAGGAACAUCGAAAUACUGUCCUUUUCCAGCAUCUCUCCCACCUGUCAGUCUUUUGCCUCAUGAGAAAGACCAACCACGAGCUGAUCCCAUUCCAAUAUGUAGUUUCUGUUUGGGGACAAAAGAAUCAAACCGUGAGAAAAAACCAGAAGAGCUCCUCUCCUGUGCUGAUUGCGGCAGUAGUGGGCAUCCAUCGUGUUUGAAAUUUUGUCUGGAGUUGACGACAAAUGUGAAGGCAUUAAGAUGGCAGUGCAUUGAAUGCAAGACAUGCAGUGCCUGUAGAAUCCAAGGCAAAAAUGCGGAUAAUAUGCUUUUCUGCGAUUCUUGCGACAGAGGAUUCCACAUGGAAUGCUGCGACCCGCCUCUUUCCCGAAUGCCAAAAGGUAUGUGGAUUUGCCAGGUCUGCAGACCAAAGAAAAAAGGAAGAAAGUUACUUCACGAGAAGGCCACACAGAUAAGGCGGCGAUAUACAAAACCUAUUGGACGACCAAAAAACAAACUAAAGCAACGAAUGUUGUCUGUAACCAGUGAUGAAGGAUCCAUGAGUGCAUUCACAGGAAGGGGGUCACCUGGUAGGGGUCAAAAGACUAAAGUCUGUACCACACCUUCAUCUGGUCAUGCUGCAUCUGUGAAGGAUUCAAGCAGCAGAUUGGCUGUUACAGACCCCACCCGGCCUGGUGCCGUCACCAAAAUCACCACCACCACCAAAAUCACCACCUCCACCUACAUACCUGCCUCUACACUUAACGUUAACAAGAAAACCAAAGGGCUCAUUGACGGCCUUACUAAGUUUUUCACACCGUCACCCGAUGGUCGCAGAUCACGAGGUGAAAUAAUAGACUUUUCAAAGCAUUAUCGUCCAAGGAAAAUGGCCUCUCAGAAACAGUCAUGUGCUUCUCAUGUGUUGGCUACAGGUACCACACAAAAGCUAAAACCUUCUUCACUUCCACCCCCAACCCCCAUCUCUGGUCAGAGCCCCAGUUCACAAAAAUCCGGCACGUCCGUCUCUUCUAACUCUCCCCAAAGCUCCUCCAGUCAGUCAAGCGCACCUUCCUUUAGCAGCCUUCCCAGUAACAGUCAGCUAAAGGGACUUUUCGACGGACUUUCUCAUAUUUAUACCACUCAGGGACAGUCUCGAAAAAAGGGACACCCGAGUUAUGCACCACCCAAGCGUUUGCGGCGCAAAGCAGUGUUCUCUUCCGCCUCCAAGUCUAACGCUGCUUUCUAUGGAAGGAAAGAUGUUAGAAGUAGGUUUCUCUCUCAUUCCUCCGCCUCUGGAUGGGGUAUGUCUAGAGGACGCUCUUUUAAAGCCAUUGCUCACUUCAAGCAAACAACUUUCCUUAAAAAGCGCAGGAUUCUAGGCAGAUUAAAGUAUAAAGUGACCCCUCAGAUGGGGACCCCCUCACCAGGGAAGGGGAGCUUGGCAGACGGAAGGAUUAAACGUGAUCUGGAUGAUGGUACUGAAAUCAAAAUAAGCAUCAAACAAGAAAACACAGAUUUAUUUCUGGUGGGAACCAAGGACAUUGUUACCGAAGAAGAUCUGGAAAUAUUUAAGCAAGCUCGAGAACUUGCCAUGGAGAAGAUCGGAUGUAUCAAUGGUGGUGAAACAAACGGCCGGUACCCUUCGGUGAUAGAAUUUGGAAAAUAUGAAAUCCAGACCUGGUACUCGUCACCUUACCCGCAGGAGUAUGCAAAACUGUCAAAGCUUUUCCUCUGUGAGUUCUGUCUUAAAUAUAUGAAAAGUAAAAAUAUUUUGCUAAGACACUCAAAGAAGUGUGGCUGGUUCCAUCCUCCAGCCAGUGAAAUCUACAGAAGGAGAGACCUCUCAGUUUUUGAGGUUGAUGGGAACAUGAGCAAAAUUUAUUGCCAAAACCUUUGCCUGCUUGCAAAGCUCUUUCUGGACCACAAAACUUUAUAUUACGAUGUUGAGCCAUUCCUUUUCUACGUUCUCACAAAGAAUGAUGCGAAAGGGUGCCACUUAGUUGGAUACUUCUCAAAGGUAAAAAUCUGA